GUAGCUGGCUAGCAGUUAUUAGUCAGCUCGUGAAGCCAGCCAGUAGGUUUGAAAAGGAUGUACAAUUUAACGUAUUUUACAACAAGACAGGUUUUAAUAUUCGGGUAAGAUAGCAAACAGGUACACCACCUUGUAGAUACAUAACUUUGCGGGUUGCUUAUGUUUUUUUCUGUUAGCUAAUUUAAUUGCGUAAUUUUACUGCUUGAUUCUGAACGACAACGUCCUUAGCUAACAGGCUAACGUUAGCUGAAGGUAUUUGGUUAGCCAGUCUUGAUUUAAUCAAAAAGGGAACUACAAAAGUAGCUUUUUAAAUUAUCCGUCAGUUGUAUGCGGGAAAUACAAUAAGGAAAGGAGUCAUCUUAGACAAUGAGAAAAACAACUGAACAAGGUGCUGGGUGGUGAGAACAGAAGGCAGUGCGGACGGCAUGCUGAGGCGACUACACCUGCUCCAGAAUGAGUGUCAAUGAUGGCGAAGGCGGAGCAGCUAGCAAAGAUGGGCGGGCCUACAGCCUGCAGGUUUACCCACGGCUCUCAGCAGACUGCCCACCUUGCUGUUCCCUCAAGGUGCCCAAGGAGGCCACGGCUGCCUCUGUCAUCCAGGACGCAGCCUCGGCCCUGGGUGUGGACCCGCAGCGCCUCUACGUGCUGGCCGAGGUGAAGGAGUGCGGCGGGGAGGAGUGGGUGCUGGAGUCGGGGGACCUCCCCGUCCAGAGGGUCCUGCUGUGGCCUCGCAAGGCCCAGGAGCAGCACCCCCAGAGCGAGGGGUUCUACUUCGUCCUCCAGGAGAGGAACCGCGACGGCACCAUCCACUACGUCCACCUUCCCGCCCUCUGCAAGGAGCAGGAGGCACAGAGGUUGGCGGCCAGAGGAUUCCUCCCCCCGCGCCAGGAUGACUUUGAUGACCUGUGUAACCUCCCGGUGCUCAAUGAGAGCAGCAUCCUGGAUAACCUGCGCAACCGCUUCCACAAGAAAAAGAUCUACACCUACGCCGGGUCUAUCCUCAUUGCCAUCAACCCCUUCAAGUUCCUACCCAUCUACAACCCCAAGUACGUCAAGAUGUAUGAGAACCAUCAGCUGGGGAAACUGGAGCCGCACAUCUUUGCCAUCGCGGACGUGGCCUACUACGCCAUGCUAAGAAAGAGGGUAAACCAGUGCAUCGUUAUCUCUGGGGAGAGCGGCUCAGGGAAGACGCAGAGCACCAACUUCCUCAUCCACUGUCUGACGGCCCUCAGCCAGAAGGGCUACGCCAGUGGAGUGGAGAGGACCAUCCUGGGUGCUGGGCCUGUGCUGGAGGCGUUUGGGAAUGCCAAGACGGCCCACAACAACAACUCCAGCCGCUUUGGGAAGUUCAUCCAGGUCAACUACUUGGAGAGCGGGGUGGUGAGAGGGGCAAUCGUGGAGAAAUAUCUCCUGGAGAAGUCUCGUCUGGUCUCCAGAGAAAAGAAUGAGAGGAACUACCAUGUGUUUUACUAUCUGCUGGUGGGAGCGUCAGAGGAGGAGCGCAAGGAGUUCAAACUGCUGCAGCCUGAAGAUUACCUCUACCUCAAGCAGCAAAACUUUAAGAUCGAAGAUGAGGAAGACCUGCGUCAUGAUUUUGAGAGGCUGCAGCAGGCCAUGGAGAUGGUGGGCUUCCUGUCUGCCACUAAGAAACAGAUCUUCUCUGUGCUGUCGGCCAUCUUGUACCUGGGCAACGUGACGUACAUGAAGACGUCUACAGGCCGAGACGAGGGACUGGACGUGGGACCACCCGAAGUCCUGGCUACCCUCUCAGACCUGCUCAAGGUGGAAGAGGAGUUGCUGGUCGAGGCACUAACUAAGAGGAAAACGGUGACAGUCAAUGACAAGCUGAUUCUGCCCUACAGCCACAGUGAGGCCAUCACUGCGAGAGACUCCAUGGCCAAGUCUCUGUACAGUGCACUGUUCAACUGGAUUGUCCUGCGCAUCAAUCAUGCACUGCUCAACAAGAAAGACAUGGAGGAAUCUGUCCCUUGUUUGUCAAUAGGAGUCCUGGACAUAUUUGGCUUUGAGGACUUUGAGACCAACAGCUUUGAGCAGUUCUGUAUCAACUAUGCAAACGAGCAGCUUCAGUAUUACUUCAACCAGCAUAUCUUCAAACUUGAGCAGGAGGAGUACCAGGCGGAGGGCAUCACCUGGCACAACAUAGACUACACUGACAACGUGGGCUGCAUCCACCUCAUCAGCAAGAAGCCCACUGGUCUCCUUUACCUACUGGACGAGGAGAGCAACUUCCCCCAUGCCACUGAUAAGACCCUGCUGGCCAAGUUUAAGCAGCAGCACCAGGAGAAUAAGUACUUUGUGCCCACGUCUGUGAUGGAGCCUGCCUUUGUCAUCCACCACUUUGCUGGGAAAGUCAAAUACCAGAUCAAGGACUUCCGGGAGAAGAAUACGGACCACAUGCGUCCGGACAUUGUGGCUCUACUGCGCAGCAGUGACCGGGCCUACGUGCGUCAGCUGAUCGGGAUGGACCCUGUGGCCAUGUUCCGCUGGGGCAUCCUGCGAGCCACCAUCAGGGGAAUGGCUGCCUUCAACGAGGCUGGACGCCGCUGGGCCGCCAAGACCGCAGGUGUGCAGCGCCCCACUUCCAGGACUCCUUUGGGGGAGCUGCAGAGGUCCAACACGCCUGUUGAAAGGAUGUACCGACGGGCUUCUAUGCUCGAUUUCUACUUUGAUCACUCUGACGAGCGCCCACUAGAGGCCUUCGAAGACAUCUUUGCUAGCUAUGAGAGUAAGAAGGACAUGCAUGCCCAGAUAAUCAGCUCCAUUAAGGACUUGCAGCUGGAUGGUGAAGACCCUCGCAAGCUGCUGCAGUCCUGGGGUCGCCUGCGGUUCCCUCGACACCUCCUUCAGAAAAACAAGAAUGCGAAGCAGAAACAGAUCAUACCCAAGAGCCUGCUGGACUCUCGCUCGCUGAAGUUCAUUGUCGGUCGGACCAUCCACGACCGCUCCACCAAGUCUCUGCAUCACCUCAACAAGAAGAAGAAGACCCCCAGCAUCAGCGCUCAGUUCCAGACCUCUCUGACAAAGCUGCUGGAGAAUCUGGGCAGAGCAGAGCCCUUCUUCGUCCGCUGUAUUCGCUCCAACUCUGAGAAGAAGGAGAUGUGUCUGAAUGAGACCCUGGUGCUGCAGCAGCUGCGCUACACAGGCAUGCUGGAGACGGUUCGCAUCCGAAGGUCUGGCUAUGGAGCCAAGUACACCUUCCAGGAAUUCAUCGAGCAAUUCCGAGUGCUGCUGCCCAAAAACGCCACACCCUCCAAGCCAGAGGACAUCUCAGCCUUGUUCCAGAGGAUGAAUCUAGACCACACCACCUACCAGAUAGGCAAAACCAAGGUUUACCUGAAGGAACUAGAGCGUCAGCAGCUGCAGGACACGCUGCACAAGGACGUGAUGCGGAAGAUCAUUUUCCUGCAGCGCUGGUUCAGGGCGCGCCUGGAGAGGAGGUGGUACUUGGAGAUGAGACAGGCGGCCAUCUUGAUCCAGCGUGCAUGGCGUAGGCAACAAAAGGAGAGACGGUGUCAGGCAGCCACGCUGAUUCAGGCCGUUUGGAGAGGCUCUAGACAGAGAUCACAGUACCUCCGCAGGCGGACCAGCAUCAAGAAGAUACAGGCUCUGGCCAGAGGACACUCAGCACGGAGGAGGUGCCAUUCAAUACGGGAGGACAGGAGGAAAAAGGAGGAUGAGGAAGAGGAGGCCAGGAGGGAGGAAGCUGCAGCUAGGCUAGUGAGAGAGGCAGAGGAGGCAACCCGACUGGAAAUGGAUGCAGAGGAAGAGGCGUUCAGGAGAAAGAAAGAGGCAGAGUGGGAGGCCGCGGAGAGGAGGGCGAGGGAGAAUGAAGAGGAAAGGCUGAGGCAGGCAGAAAGCGUCAAUGAGGAACCUGAGACAGAGGAGGAACCAGAGGCACUGGUGGCAGCUGAAAGGACUCUAGAUGAGAGCCGACAUUGGGACAAAGUGCCUGUCCAGGACAAGGAGGAGCAGAAGGAGGAAGUGGAAGAUGGAGAAGCUGCAGCUAGUUCACCUUCUGAGAAGGUGGAAAAGGGGAAUGCCUCUGCAGUCUCCCAGCGUGAUAAGGGCAACAGUACACAGGCUGAGGCUGGGCCCCAGCUGGAGGAGGAGAGCCAGGCUGUGGAGGAACAGGAGCAAGCCCACUCCGAGGAUCCCGAGGAGGAGGGGACCACAGAGGCAGCUGCCCCCCACUCACCAGAGAGACACAAGGGGGCUCAGGUGGCUGCGGAGGCUUCCCCCUCCACAGACCCCCAGUCGGGGCAGAAGAAGCUACGAGCUCCCCCCCUCCACAAGGUCACAGCCUCCAGGAGCCAGGAGAAGAGGGAGCUUCGGCGCCAGCGGGGCCUGGAGCACAGCCAGAGAGAGAGUAAGCGGGUCGCCUCGGCAGCCACCAAGGAGGAGCCAGCCCCUAAGGGCAUAGAUCAGGAGGCAGCCAGCCGAGCCGAGGGAAAGCCAAAAGGCCGGCCGGAGCGAACAGACAGCAAGGAGAUGGACCAGUACACCUUUGUAGCCUGGAAGAAGGAAGACAAGGGGAAGAAGGAAGCCAAAGCCACCACCCCUGCUCCUAUACGCCCCAGCACCUUACCCCUGAACCCCCCUGAGCUAAUGGCUAACAGGAACGGCCAUGAGGUCCUGGGUCCAGGCAACCUGAUUCGCUACAGUCAACAGGACGCCAUGAAGGAGAAGGCAGAGAAAUGGAAGGAGAGGAAGAUUGAUGUACAACAACCAGAGAGUACCAGUCCUCCUGAGGCCCACAGCAAGGACAGGAUAAAAAAAUAUUCACAGAGUGUUGGAAACUCGUCAUCUUUUGAUGCUAUGUCCCCUGGAUCGACUGGUGCUACGUCAAACAGAGAGUCUCCUACAGAGGAUGGGUCAAAGGGCAGCAUGAAGAGGAGGUCCCAUGACACAUCAGGCCACCAGGACACUGUCCAUACUCAUCCUUCCACUCCAGAGAAACCCUCAGGGUUCCUGAGGAAGAUCCUGAAGAAACGUCCCCAUAAGGAGCCUCAGACCCCUGACGAUGUAGAACUGACCAUGGCCCAGGCCCUGAUCGAACGAGGAGAAGACCCGGCUAGUGGAGGCCGGGCGGUGAGCCGGAACCCCACCAUCAAGAUCAGCCGGGCCACGCGGGUCUCAGAGCAGUGGAACGCUUCACUGGACCGGGAGAUUACCAACGCCAACGAGCUCCGACACCUGGAUGAGUUCCUGGGGAAUCAGGUGAAUGACUUCCGCUCCAGGGGGAAGCAGUUGUCGGCAACCGAGCACAUCUUCGUCACAGCCACCAUGCAGUUCAGAGAGACCAUCAAGGGAAUGUACUCUCUCCCAAAACCCCACAUUGGCUACAACGGUCUGAUGCGUGGCUACCAGAACAAGGUGAUCAGCCUGGCCGGAGACAAGCAGAAGGGUGAGGUGCAGCUGGUGGUCAACCUCUUUCAGUCUGUCCUGGACGGCUUCAUACGGGGAGAGAUCAAGAAGGAGGAGGCAGAACCAGCAAAGCCUGAUAAAACUCGGAAGAAGAGGCGCAAAAAAUACAAGAGUAUGGAGAACCCUUUGGACCAUGUGUUCAGCACGUACCAGGUUAACAUCAUGCAGUCCUGUGACCAGUGCAGCUCCUAUAUCUGGGGCAUGGAGAAAGCCUGCAUGUGUAGCUAUUGCAAGAUGGUGUGCCACAAGAAGUGCCUCUGCAAAAUUGUCACAGACUGCUCCACGUUUUGUGUCAAAAAGAGUGAUGAGGAGUCUGGAGGCCUGCACUUUGGGGUGCGAGUCUGUCACCUGACCAGCGACAAGAACACUGUUCCCAUGGUGCUGGAGAUGAUGCUGGAGCACGUGGAGAUGAACGGCCUGUACACGGAGGGGAUCUACCGCAAGUCUGGCUCUGCCAACCGCAUGAAGGAGCUCCACCAGCUAAUGGAGACUGACCCCCACGCUGUGUGCCUGGAGGACUACCCCAUCCACACAGUGACAGGGCUGGUCAAACAGUGGCUGAGGGAGCUGCCUGACCCUCUCAUGACCUUCAUUCAUUACAAUGACUUCCUUCGGGCCGUAGAACAUCCUGAAAAGCAAGAACAGCUACAUGCCAUCUACAAAGUGUUGGAACAACUCCCCACCGCAUGCUUCAACACCUUGGAAAGGCUCGUCUUCCAUCUAGUCAGAGUGUCUAAGGAGGAGUCUCAUAACCGCAUGUCUCCCAACUCCCUGGCCAUCGUGUUUGCCCCCUGCAUCCUCCGCUGUCCAGACAGCGCCGACCCACUCAUGAGCAUGAGGGACGUGGCCAAGACCACCACGUGUGUGGAGAUGCUGAUCAACGAGCAGAUCCGAAGCUACAACGAGAAGAUGGAAGAGAUUGAACAGCUGGAGUAUGCUGAGGCUCUGGCCGUCAACCAGCUCAAACUCAAGAGGCAGAACACGCUGCACUGGCAUUUGCCCCUCAGGUUUUCUGCUCCGUACAAAGGAGUGGUGGUGCAUGAGAAAGAGUGCUCUGACCUGACGGUGGUCCCUGGGAACGAUGUGCCGCUGGACUCCGAUACGGAGGCUGAGAAGAACCUGAUGGCGCGCAUCAAGUCCAUCAAACAGGAGAAGGAGGAAUUAGCCUACAGACUGCCAGAGCUGGAGCAGCCUGGUUCAGACCAGGAGAACCUGGAUUCUGAGGCGUCGGUGAGCUCUGAGAGCCUGCUGGACGAGCGCUGCCUCAACUCUGAGCCCGAAGGUCUGGACAAGCUGGUGGUGGUGCAUUUAAAGAGGGUGGCAGAGGUCUGCUCUCUAGCAGGCCAAGCUGACCUGGCCCAGAGACCUAAGGCCCCAGGGGGCGUUCCUCUCUCUGCAACCUAGUCUCCUCUGGCUACAACGCCAUCGCCCCAUCAUCCCCGGCACGGUAAAGCUGCCGCCGGGCAUCCACUCGCAGCCCCCCGCUGCAGGCCCUCAACCCCUCCUGCCAGCCAUGGCUUCAGCCUGAUCAAGAGGCGGAAGCAGCCCACCCGACGCAAAGACGGCACCCAGUCCCUGUACAUCA